CCCCUCGCCUGCUGGAAUGACGUGUCAAGAAAGUGCCGGAAGCUUUCAGUUUGUCCAAAAUGGCUUACCAGACACUACAACAGGAGUAUUUACAGAUUCCGGUUGUUACCAGGGCAUACACAACCGCCUGUGUCCUCACGACUGCUGCAGUGCAACUAGAGAUCAUCACACCAUUUCAACUAUACUUCAAUCCUGAUUUGAUUCUAAGGAAUUACCAGGUAUGGCGACUAAUAACCAACUUCCUGUUUUUUGGUCCAGUUGGCUUCAAUUUCCUGUUCAAUAUGAUUUUUCUGUACAGAUACUGUCGUAUGCUCGAGGAGGGCUCUUUCAGGGGGCGCACAGCUGACUUUGUCUUCAUGUUCCUCUUUGGUGGGCUGCUGAUGACUAUAUUUGGCACUUUUGUGAGUCUGGUGUUCCUGGGCCAAGCCUUCACCAUCAUGCUGGUGUACGUGUGGAGUCGGCGAAACCCAAACGUUCGCAUGAAUUUCUUUGGCCUGCUGAAUUUCCAGGCGCCCUUCCUUCCCUGGGUGCUGAUGGGAUUCUCACUCCUGCUGGGCAACUCCAUCAUUGUGGAUCUUUUAGGUAUCGCUGUUGGACAUGUGUACUUUUUUCUGGAGGAUGUUUUCCCCAACCAGCCAGGUGGUGGAAGAUGGCUCAAGACCCCAUCUAUCAUAAAGAUGCUGUUUGACACUCCAGAGGAAGACGCCAACUACAACCCCCUGCCUGAGGAGCGCCCCGGAGGGUUCGCCUGGGGAGAGGGACAGCGCCUUGGAGGUUAAAUUUGGUCCCUGAUUGUCGGGACACUUCCAAGGACACUCCCUCAGAGAUGUGGAGGGGACAAACAUGGUCUUUGUUUUUGACUUGUUUGUUUAGUUCUGGAUGAAGAAUGCCAAACAACCAGAGGUGGUUUGAGGAUAACCGUCUGUUGUCUUUGUGAAUGGGCUUAAAUCAUCCCCAGAAACUCUUCUUGAUGCAAGAACGUUGCUCUAAGACUUUUUGAGAGAACACAAGCUGCUCGGAUGGAACUCUGGAUGGUGAGCCUGUGGGCUCAAGGUGAUGUAUGUCUUCAUCUAAAAAAAUAUUGAUAUACAACAAUUGACAUAUGAAAGAGAAAAAAAUGACAGCAGUAAAAUAGAAAAAUGAUUAUUCAGAUGGCGAGUGCAUUUUUUUUCUCAUUUCACUUUUAUAAAAAAAAAUAAAUGUGUGUGGCAAAUGAUCCUUUGGUUUUAUCUCUUUGAGCUGUGGUAGUACUGUACAAAACCAAAGAUGUCUCUUGUAAAUUAAUCCUCUGGACUCAGCAGGUCAUUGUGAUAUACAAAUAUCUCAAUUUUUACUAUCCAGAACUUCAGCUUUUCAGUCAUCUUCAGUUAAAGGGAUAGUUCAGAGUUUUUGAAGUGGGGUUAUACAGGGUACUUACACACAGUCAGUGUUUUUCAUGCAGCAGAUGUCAGUCGGCACACUCCCAGUUUGGAGAAGCAGGCUUGAGUCUGACACUGAAGCUACCCAGCUAGCAAUUUUUGGUUCUUAAAGCAUUCUGAGGACAGUGCAAUGCAACCAAUGCAAUGUUUUAGUAACAUUUUCA